GCUCCCCCUCCCCCUCCCGGCCGGACCUGCACGGGGGUGGUUUGGCGGCGGAGGGAGGGCCCUGUGCCCUGUCCCUUUAAGGAGGAGGGCCGAGGGCGGCCGAGACAGCAGGCGUACCCCCACCCGCCCGCGCCCUCGCCGCAGAGCAGCUGCAGCCCCAGCCGCGGCCGCCCCUCGGUUCGCAGCGUCCGCUCAGGCCCAGGCAGCGAGUCGUCACCAUGGUGAAGAUCGUGACUGUUAAGACCCAGGCGUACCCGGACCAGAAGCCCGGCACAAGCGGGCUGCGGAAGCGGGUGAAAGUGUUCCAGAGCAGCGUCAACUACGCGGAGAAUUUCAUCCAAAGUAUCAUCUCCACCGUGGAGCCGGCGCAGCGGCAGGAGGCCACCCUGGUGGUGGGCGGGGACGGCAGGUUCUACAUGAAGGACGCCAUCCAGCUCAUCGUCCGCAUCGCCGCAGCCAACGGGAUUGGUCGCUUGGUUAUUGGACAGAAUGGAAUCCUCUCCACCCCUGCUGUCUCCUGCAUCAUCAGGAAAAUCAAAGCCAUUGGUGGGAUCAUUCUGACAGCCAGCCACAACCCAGGAGGGCCCAAUGGAGAUUUUGGAAUCAAAUUUAAUAUUUCUAAUGGAGGUCCUGCUCCAGAAGCAAUUACUGAUAAAAUUUUCCAAAUCAGCAAGACAAUUGAAGAAUAUGCAAUUUGUCCUGACCUGAAAGUAGACCUUGGUGUUCUGGGAAAGCAGCAGUUUGACCUGGAAAACAAGUUCAAACCUUUCACAGUGGAAAUUGUGGAUUCGGUGGAGGCUUAUGCUGCGAUGCUGAGAAACAUCUUUGAUUUCAAUGCCCUGAAAGAAAUACUUUCUGGUCCGAACCGGCUAAAGAUCCGCAUCGAUGCCAUGCAUGGAGUUGUGGGACCGUAUGUAAAGAAGAUCCUCUGUGAAGAACUCGGUGCCCCUGCAAACUCGGCAGUUAACUGUGUUCCUCUGGAGGAUUUUGGAGGCCACCACCCUGACCCCAACCUCACCUAUGCAGCUGACCUGGUGGAGACCAUGAAGUCAGGAGAGCAUGAUUUUGGGGCUGCCUUUGAUGGAGAUGGGGAUCGAAACAUGAUUCUGGGCAAGCACGGGUUCUUUGUGAACCCUUCUGACUCUGUGGCUGUCAUCUCUGCCAACAUCUUCAGCAUUCCGUAUUUCCAGAAAACCGGGGUCCGCGGCUUUGCACGCAGCAUGCCCACAAGCAGUGCCCUGGACCGGGUGGCUAAUGCUACAAAGAUCGCUUUGUAUGAGACCCCAACUGGCUGGAAGUUUUUUGGGAAUUUGAUGGAUGCGAGCAAACUGUCCCUUUGUGGAGAGGAAAGCUUUGGGACGGGUUCUGACCACAUCCGUGAGAAAGAUGGACUGUGGGCUGUCCUUGCCUGGCUCUCCAUCCUAGCCACCCGCAAGCAUAGUGUGGAGGACAUUCUCAAAGAUCACUGGCAAAAGUAUGGCCGGAAUUUCUUUACCAGGUACGAUUAUGAGGAGGUGGAAGCUGAGGGUGCCAACAAAAUGAUGAAGGACUUGGAGGCCCUGAUGCUUGAUCGCUCCUUUGUGGGGAAACAGUUCACUGUGAAUGACAAAGUUUACACCGUAGAGAAAGCUGAUAACUUUGAAUACAGUGAUCCGGUGGACGGAAGCAUUUCAAGAAAUCAGGGCUUGCGGCUCAUUUUUGCAGAUGGUUCUCGCAUCAUCUUCCGACUGAGCGGCACCGGGAGUGCAGGGGCCACAAUUCGGCUGUACAUCGAUAGCUAUGAGAAGGACACCGCCAAGAUCAACCAGGACCCCCAGGUCAUGUUGGCCCCCCUUAUUUCCAUCGCUCUGAAGGUGUCCCAACUCCAGGAAAGGACAGGACGCACUGCACCCACGGUUAUCACCUAAGAAGACGGGCCAGAGAUGCGCUUUGGAAGUCAUGCAGCAUCACUUCCGCCAUAUCCAGUUGGUUACCAUCAACUCACCCCCGCCAGCCCAGAUUCAAGAGGAGGAAGACUACACUCUAUCUCUUCUUGGGGAAGUGGCAAGAACUCAUUGCAAAAGAUUAUGUGAGAUGGGAGCUAUUGUAGACAUCUUUGGAAAAUAUAGUCUGUCACAAUUCUCAAAUUAGUGUUUUUCUCCCAGUAAAUAUACCAUUCUGGGUCAUGUAGGCAUGAGAAUGAAUUUAAUUCAGAAUUAUUUUCACCAAGAGCAUCUCUGUUAGUUCGUUUCUGUUGCUCAUAACACAAUACCUGAAACUGUGUAAUUUAUAAAGGCAUAAAAUUUAUUUCUUACAGUUUUAGAGGGUGGGAAGUCUGAAGUCCAGGGAAUGCAUCUGGUGAGGGCCGUGUUGGUGGUGGCUUUACAGCAGUGCAGGGCAUUCAUUACAUUGCGAAAAAUCACUGAGCAACGGAAAGGGUUAAACUUCUCUUUCCCUCUCCUCAUAAAGCCAUCAUAACUAUACCAGGACCACCAUUAAACCAUUGAUGGUUUAAUCCAUUGAAUAGGGCAUGGUCCUCACAAUCUGAUCACUUCUUAAAGGCCCCACCUUUCAAUUACCGUAAUAGGACUUCCUACCCUCUUAACAUUGUUACAGUGGGGAUUAAGUUUCAAUGAGCUUAGCAGGGGCAUUCAAUCCAGAGCAGCAUCCAUCUGUCAGUUAUCUAGGUAUGGACACGUGUUAUCACCUCAUUCCAUGCCCAUGACAGACAUAACGAAUCAAUUGCUGCACGGUUUCUGCUAAGCCCAGAUAUGUCACAAACUUCAAUACAAUGUGCUAAACAACAAAUAUUAAUCAAUUGUAGCAGGGAUGUGAAUAAAAACCUAUUUGCCGUUUGUGAGGAAUAUUCAUACUUUCUUAGUUUUACAAAUAUUUAACUAACAUUUGUGGAUGUGAAAGCCUAUUUGAAAAUAGACAAGAUAAUCUGUAAAUUGAUGAAAAAUAUGUGCCUGAUAUGGAGAAAAUUAGUGGUUACUGUUAAAUGAAAUAAACCACAAUUGAUUUUGGAAAUAGCACAAAA